UAAAACUGAGCCUUUACGUUUACUGAAAACAGCCCUCAGUCAACUAACUUUGCGUCGUGUUUCGAGCCUCAGGUGAGUCGCUCUCACCUGCUCCGUUUAGCUGUAGCUUCAGUUGGCGGCUCUUUGUUUGCUAGCUGUCGCGGUGGCGCGCCUUCGUGCCCGCGCUCUUUAUUACACAGGUGCUCUCGGUGAGGUCAUCCCACAGGUGGACGGAGUGCAGCAGGAUGAUAUAUGGACCAUAUGGACAUGACAACAGCAAACAUCACAGUCAACAUGGAGGAGUUUUUCAAAACGGUGGCUGAAGUGAGAGGCCUCAUCGAAAAAAUUGCCCGUCAAACAGAGGAGAUGGAGAGAAGACAUGGUGCCAUCCUGUCCUCUCCAAACCAAGGAAAGGGAAACAAAGAAGAACUGGAGCAGCUGAACAAUGACACCAAGGAGAACGCCAGCUUGGUCCGAGCCAUGUUGAAAUCAAUGCAGACAAACUGGCCUGCAGAUAAGAACGGCAGACAUUCCUCAGUAAUCCUACGAAUUAGGAGCAACCAGCACUCACACCUGACUCGGUGGUUCGCUGAAGUCAUGAGGGGUUACCACGAGGCACAAAUCUCCUUCAGAGAGAAAUGCAAGGCGCAGAUUCAGAGACAGCUGGAGAUUGUGGAUAAAGUUACUACAGAUGAAGAGCUGGAGGAGAUGCUGCACCGGGAUAAUCUUGCCAUCUUCAUAUCUGAUAUCAACUCUGGCACUCGAAUUUCAAGUCAGGCUCUGAAUGAGAUUGAAUGUCGACAUCAGGACAUCAUGUGCCUCGAGUCCAGCAUCAAAGAGCUGCACGAGAUAUUUCUGGACACUGCCAUGCUGUUGGAGAUUCAGGGGGACUUAAUCAACAACAUAGAAAAGAAUGUCACGAGUGCUGCAGAGUAUGUAGACGCAUCCAAAACAGAAACCCAUAAAGCAGUCGAAUACAAGAAAAAUCCUUACAAGAUAGCAUUCCUCCCAAACUUCUUAAGACGGUCCAAGAGAAAAACCGCUGAUAAAACCGAUCAAAACAUGUGCAGCUUAAACCAUGACUCAGCUCCGGACCUGUUUGAACAUUGACUGCACCAGAUGUCCUGAUCAGCAUCAAAACCUGCGUCCGAUGGGAGUCACUCUCAUCUGAUUCACCCUGCCUGUUUGCCCCUUCAGCUCCUUCCUGAAGGAUAUUGAUGAAGCUGUUUUUAGCUUAAUUGUGACCUGAAAAUGAGCUGUCAAAUGAAACUGAAGACAUGCUGUGGACAACCCUUACAGAUGGAUUUUGAAGAGGACAAAUGCAGCCAAAGGACUUGAAAAUAUAACCAAAAAAAUCAUUUUAACUCGUCAAUCAAUGUUUCCAGACUCGCAGUCCUGUGAGUGUUGGUUCCAAACAUGCCACAAUGCUUAGAUCUCAUUAUAGUUCCUAAAUUUGUUGAGACAAUCUUAUUUUUUAUGCAGAACAACCCAGGCAGUGGGUGGCACUGCGACAUUAUUGUAGCUGCGACUUUGACCAGCUUUUAGCUUCCCUCCUCUCUCCUCUUUGUGAUGCUCUGUUGUGGUUUUUUGUGUCUUCUACUACUGCAAUAUAAUGGAACAUUGUAUUAUCUCUCCAGAUAAACUGCCCAAACCAUGCCAAUUCUCAAAUAAACCUAUGUGAUUAAUGAUACAGAA